AAAUGACAUGUUAAAGGGCUUGCACUGACAUAAAGUGCUUCGUGUACCUCUUUGUCCCGUUUACUUUUUUCUUGACAAUUUUUCUUUUGCCUAGCAGCAUCACCCCAACAUGGCAGCAACCAGCAAACAACUUCAGCAAUCUACGAUCGACAUUGAGGCAGCCAGACAAAAGGCAAGCUUCCCGGUCGAGCCGUUGACGAACUACUUGUACGGCGGCCCAGAGAAGCUCAAGAAGAUCGAUCGCUACAGAGCACUUAUUGCUAAUGAGUCUGAAUUAUCCAAGAAGAAGGCUCCAUUCCAAAGUCGCCAAGAGCAACUCUAUACAUCUAUUCACGCUGCUAGACGACUCAUUGAAAUCGCAGAAGAGCAGAAAUUGUCGGGCGAGGAGUUCUUUGAACUAUUUUACUAUUCUGGGCUGUCGACUCCUCUUGCUUUGAAUUACGGAGCUUUUUGGCCCGUUAUUGAAUCGCAGGGUACAGCGGAACAAACAAAGAAGUGGAUGGAGGCUGCUAAGCGACAUGCUAUUAUUGGCUGCUAUGCUCAAACCGAACUGAGCCAUGGAUCCAAUGUUGUGGGCUUGCAAACCACCGCCACCUUUGACGAGGCCACUGACGAAUUCAUUAUCAACAGCCCUGACAUCACGGCUGCCAAAUGGUGGAUCGGAGGUUUGGGCGUUGCUAGUACCCAUUCAGUUCUGCAGGCACAAUUGAUCAUUAAGGGCAAAAACUAUGGUCCCCAUAUUUUCAUCGUUCCUGUUCGUUCGCCCAUCGACUAUAAACCAGUUAAGGGCGUCUCCGUCGGUGAUAUUGGUCCAAAGGCAUACGGUGGUUUCAGCACCACGGAUAACGGCUAUGCAAUGUUUGCUCAUGUGCGCAUUCCCCGCGACAAUAUGCUUAUGAAGUUCGCCAAAGUAUCAAAGGCUGGAGAGUACACUGCACCUGUGCACUCAAAACUGUCCUAUGGUAGUAUGGUGAAAUUGCGUGUGGGUAUUCUUUCGGAUGCAGGUUGGCGCCUUGCAAAGGCGUCCACCAUUGCCGUUCGCUACUGUACUGCCCGCCGUCAGUUCAAUGCCGGUAAAGACGGCCUUGAAGCCCAAGUCAUCAGCUAUUCCUCAGUCCGUCACCGAUUAUAUCCCUUGAUUGCAACUUCUUAUGCUUUGAUCUUGUCCGGUAUGGGCCUCAGCAAAACGUUCAAUGUCAUGACCCAGCAGCUUGCACGCGAAGACGCUACUUUACUUCCUGAGAUGCACGUAAGCAGCUGUGCAUUCAAGGUGUGGAGUGCCCGUCGAUCAUCCGAAGGUCUUGAGGAGAGCAGAAAGGCUAUGGGUGGCCAUGGCUAUUCGAUUUUCAGCGGUGUUUCCGAACAUUUCGCCAACUUUGUUCCCGCCAACACAUACGAAGGAGAUAACUUUGUGCUUUGUCAACAAGUGGGUCGUGCCCUCUUGAAGCAGCUUUCCAAUAUCGUCACAGGAAAGCCCCUCUUCUUAAAGUCUGCUAGCUACAUGGAACUGCUCAAGUCCAACCCCACUGUGACUGUGGACGCUGCUUCCCUUCUCAACCCAGAUGUUCAGCUCACUCUCUUUGGCUUGCGCUCUGCUCGUUUGGUUGCAAAUCUCGGCCGUCAGAUCCAAGAAGCCGGCCGCCCUUGGGAAGAUUUGAACAUGGAGUGCUGGGAUAUCUGCUUUGCCCAUGCUGAAUAUCUUUUGCUCAAGCAGUUUGUUGAUACUGUCCAAGAGUUUGCAAAGUCUCCUCAGCGCGCUGCCUUGGCACCCGUUAUCAAGAAGCUGUCCGACUUGGUAAACGAUAGAGUCUAUACAUCAAUCAGUGGUGGUGUAUGAUAAAUACCAAGCCUUAAUAACUCUAUAUCUUUUGUUUUCUUGUUUAGUUCUUCUUCUCGAUCAUCACUGGCACUGGCUUGGCUACGUUCUUGACUACCCAAGCUCUCAAUGUUAAUGAUGUCAAUAUCGUCCAGGAAUCGUACCGCAACGCUUUGAACUCAAUCGCUGAUGAAGCAAUUGGUCUCACUGACGCUUUCAAUUUCACCGAUGAUGAUCUUAAUACUGCUCUCGGCCAAAAGAACGGCAAUCCUUAUGGCGCCCUUUGGGAGGCAGUUCAGACUAAUCCUCUUAACAGCGACGAAGGAAGAGAAAAGCUCGGCGUA